AUGGGGAAAGAAACGAGAAGAUUAUCAUAUGAAAUUGCUGAAAUUCUAGGUAGAGGGGGAUCCUCAAUAAUUAGAAGAGGAGUAAGCAAGUCAAAUGGUGGAAAAACCCAAGUAGCCAUCAAAACUUUAAAGAGGCUUGAGAUAACUCCUCCAGAAACACCAACGAGUGGAUCAAGAGAGAAGAGUACAACAGGAUUUGCUAGCUGGAGGAGGCAGGUUUCAAUCACAAAAGCCUUACUGACAAAUAAAAUUCUUGUUAUGAAGAAGAUAGUGGAAGAUGUAUCUUCCCAUCCCAAUGUGGUCCACCUGUAUGAUGUCUACGAGGACCAAAAUGCAAUCCAUCUUGUACUAGAGCUAUGUUCUGGUGGUGAGAUUUUUGAUCGAAUAGUGGAUCAGGAAAAGUAUUCAGAGACUGAAGCAGCAACUGUGAUUCGACAAAUUGUUAAUGGGUUAGCUUCACUGCACAAGGCAAAUAUAGUCCAUCGCGACUUAAAGCCAGAGAACUGUCUUUUCUUAAAUGAAAGUGAGAAUUCACCUUUGAAGAUAACGGAUUUUGGACUAAGUUCUGUAGAGGACUUCACUGAUCCAGUUGUUGGGUUGUUUGGUUCAAUUGAUUAUGUCUCACCCGAGGCCUCGACCAAAGGCAGAAUAUCUUCUGCAAGUGAUAUGUGGUCUUUGGGAGUAAAUAAUCGGCAUAAGCAACAAAUGAUUUUAAAUGGAGAAUUCAAUUUUGAUGAGCCUACAUGGAAGACCAUUUCUUCACCAGCGAAACAAUUGAUUUCCAGCCUUCUUACUGUUGAUCCUCAUAAGAGAGCAACUGCUCAAGAGGUACUUCUGCAUCCAUGGGUCAUGGGGGAAUCAGCAAAACAAGAAAAUAUGGGCACUGAAAUCAUUUCUCGACUUCAUUCUUUGAAUGCUCGUCGUAAGUUGCGUGCAGCUGCAAUUGACAGCAUGUGUGGUAGUGCAUUACUUGUGAGAACAAAACAGCUAAGGACCCUCUUAGGGAACCAUAAUCUUACUUUUGAGGAACUUGAGAAACUGAUAAUGCAUUUCAGGAAUAUAUGUGCAAAUGGUGAAAAUGCUACUCUAUCUGAAUUUGAAGACGUGCUGAAAGCAAUGGAGAUGCCUAAACUGCUCCCCCUUGCCCCACGCAUCUUUGAUCUUUUUGACAACAAUCAUGAUGGAACUGUAGACAUUAGAGAGAUUUUCUGUGGCUUUUCGAGCCUUAAGAGUUCACAAGGAGAAAAUGCUCCACUCUGUUUCCAGAUGUAUGACACAGAUAGGUCAGGAUGUAUCACCAAGGAAGAAGUAACAUCCAUGAUGAGAGCUUUGCCGGAGGAGUGCCUUCCUCCAGAUAUAACAGAACCCAGCAAACUGGAUGAGAUUUUUGAUAGGAUCGACAUCAACAGUGAUGGGAAGAUCAGUUUUGAAGAGUUUAAAGCUGCUAUGAAGCUAGACAGCUCCCUCCAAGAUGCAGUCAUGUCCUCCCUGCGCCCUGCCUAA